GAAGACGAAGAGUGGUGCUGAAAACAAGGUCUGACUGUAGCUGUGUUCAAAGUUUUGUUGGGGAAACUGUGUAAUGCUAGACAUUUCUCUGGAUUAAAUGAUGAUAAAUGUGAUUACCUUUCCACCGAAUUCCAUGCGCGUUGUGUUGUGUAAGUGAUUUUCCGACUGAGAAGGUGCUUAAGAAGUGUUUGCCUGAGUGAGGAUAAUGGAUGUUUGUGGAUCAAUUUUCUAGAAUAUUGUGAAAUGAAGUUAGAGCAAACGUGUCUCUAGCUAGAGUGCUGACACUAGAUCUAUAUACUUUCAACUCUAUCUCAAUCAAUAUCGAAUAUUGUUCAGAGAAAGACAGAUGGUGACCACUCGUCAUCUCUUGAAGGCUCUUCUGCCGCGACAAUAAACGCUUUUGAAUAAUUUUUAGAGUGUGAAAAAACUCAUUAUUCGCAUCGGGAAGUGUUGAUGAGUUUUCCAGUGAAAUGAUCGUGAAAUUGUGAUUGCGCAUUUAGCAGGAAGUUGAGUGCUUGUGGUCAGGAGAUCGUAAAUUGAAUGUCAAGCUGCGAGCCAGUGUCACAAGGGGGAACGAUAUGGAACCACAACAGGUGAUCCGUGUGUUGGUUAAUCAGCAAAAGUGGUGCAGUUGAUGCCGGAAGGGCGGACUAGGAAUGUCGCUGUAGUGCCCAGAUUGUCACACACUUCCGCGUGAAAGUCUCUCUGGAUAUAAUAGUUGUUUACUGACGUAUGGCGAUGUACUAUUACGCCAGUAAAUUGUCCGCCGUGGCAUGUGGUGCACGGUGCAAGCAGAGUUCGUCCCAGAGGAUCCGUCAUCGAGGCACCGGACGCAGGUUCGUGGGUGGAAGUUGCAGCGAGGACGAUGAGAAGGACGACGACAACGAUGACAAUAACACCGCAGACCAUUUUGCCACGGCAAAAACAUCCUCCAGUCAGUUAGAUAGCGACCAAAAAACCAUUCACGGCACCUCGGCACAGCCUCCGGAAGUGGCAUGUGAGAAUCCACCCCCAAGUCUCACGAACGCUGCUCUGGGACCUGGUGGUAUAAUGUACAGCAAUGGAAAUGCGGUUUCCGGUCCUCUGGAUUCACUAAUUGACUCCCUCAUGCCGGCCAAGUGUGAUGAAUUCGAUAAGGACUAUGUGUUCUCCUUCCUCUUGUCAUCGCGUCUGUUUGUGCGCCCUCACGAGCUCCUCGGGCAACUGUUGUCUUCCGUACCUGACCACGAGCCACAGGAUCGCCUCGUCGGACUCCUCGGACUGUGGACCAAGAUCUUCCCCUACGAUUUCCGAGAUGAGAGAAUCAUGUGUCACGUGAAACAUAUCGUUGCCAGAUGUGCAAACACUGAACUUGGUGAUAGAGUCUCCGACUUACUGAGUGCCUUGCUAAAUCGUCUCACCGAUCUGGAGCAUCACGAGGAGGAGUUGCGUGCCUGUCAAUCCAACAUGGAAAAAAGCGACAUGAAGUGGACGUCAGCAUCUCAACUGGCUCAAUUGCUGUGUCGCAUCGAGAGGAAAUUGGCGAAGCAUGUGGGACCGGAAGAGUUCCUGCAAUGCAAUGGGAACAUUUUGAGCAAGCAGGACAGUUCAUCAACUUGUGCACAAAAUGGCACUCCCGGAAAUCAGGAUCCCAAGAAGACAUGCAACUUGGAAACGUAUUUGGAUUGGUCAUCACGACUUCGCCUCUUGGCAUCCAACGAUAUCCUUCAGUGCGACGGAAUUACGGAGAGAAGUCGGAUUGUCGAGAUGUGGAGUGGUGCUGCCCAAUAUUGUCUCCUGGUGGGCAACUACAAUAGUGCCACCGCGAUUCUCGAGACACUGGAUGCAAUUCCGGUGGCACGUCUCACAGGCACGUGGAGCAGACUGUCGUCAACGAGUCAACAGUUGAACUGCAUGCAGAGACACGCGGAAGGAUGCGGGGAUUUGUGGCACAAACAGACAGAAAGCUCGAUGGAGAGUGGCAUAACAGCCGAUAAGAUCAGGCACUGCAAGCAGAAAUCCAGCACGCACAUCUCGACCAAAGUCAAAUCCAGCGAUUGGGUUGUAAUCCCCGUCUUCGCAGACAUCGUACGAUUGGCCUUAAUAGCACGUGAAGACUGCUUGAUAAAGUUGCCGAACGGACAUUUGAAUGUGGCCGCUUUUGAUAGAUUAGCGGCCAUUGUGGGUGCUUUCACACGUCACGUGAGCACCGUGAACGCCCCUCUGCCCGCGCCCGGUGAGUUUGAGUCCUUCUGGCAACACAUGCACCACUGCACUUUGCUCAGCGACACAGACCUGCUGCUGGCAUCGUUUGACUGCGAACCACCCACUGCCAGUGAGAAGCUCAACUACAACAUUGUUUAGGAGCGUCGUGCGAAUAUUAAUUAUAACUUCGGUUGUUGGCAUU